AUGCCGGUCCACUUUUUUGCAUCAACUGUAUCCUCCACCAUUCCAAGCGAAUACUGGGCCACCAUCGCAGCAACCUGUGUAGCCAUUUCAUUCCUCAAAACCUGGUCAAAAGGUGCAAAACUUCUCGAUCCACCACCUCCUCCUCCGGCGACCUCCUCCUCCUCCUCCUCCCCCACACCACCACCGCCCUCCGACAAGCUGUUCACCGACCUUCACGGACGAGUCGUCCUCGUUGCCACCGGAGCAUUUACCCCACUCGGCGUCGUAACCCUGUCAUCCCUCGCCCACCGCGGUGCACAGAUCAUCGCCCUCACACCCGACAUCUCCGACCCGUCCGUGAUCCAGCUCGUGCAUCUCAUUCGAGACUCUACCCAGUCCGAGCUCAUCUAUGCGGAACAGUGCGACGUGGCGAGUCUUGAGAGCAUCUCUGCUUUCGCAGCGCUAUGGAACAGCGGCGACAAGAAACAGCAAGAAGGUGUCAGACGCUUGGACGGCGUUCUGUUCUUGCCGCCUGGUCGAGACGACUUGGGUACAGUGCAGGGCUCGCAUCCAGCUAGAGCGGAUAGAGUGUAUCAGCUGCACGUGCUUGCAAAGUUUCACCUUAUCAACUCGUUGCUGAGCGGGUUGCUGGUACAACCGCCAGAGAGAGAGGUUAGGAUCGUGUCGGCCAUGUCUCCUUUCUACGCCGCUGGUGUAGGACACUUCGACGUUCUCUCCUCGACAUCGCAGCCAUCUCCGGAUCGAGAGGGCGGAAAGAAGAAGGCAAAACAGGAAGAGAAGUCGCCUCAAACGCAGCUGCAAAAGCUCUCCGAGUCGAGCUAUUCAGCUCUGAUCGGUGCUGCAUCCUUGCGAUGGUACGCACUAACUGUGGAGCUUCAACGUCGACUAGACUUGCUUGCCGAAGCGGAUCCUCGCCCGCGCACAAAGCUACCCGGCAUCGACCUCAACCCCAACUCCGUUGCAACUCGUUUCACCACCAACGGUGCAUCUUCCACAGCGAUCCAAGACGAAGCAGCUUCACGGAUGAAACGUCACUCCAACAUAUCCGUGAUCAAUGUCUGUCCCGGCUUCGAACGCUCCACCGACAUCAUCGACACCUUCCUCCCACCACCAUCCCACCCUACCAGCCCCAACCCCAUCCAAUCCACCAUCCACCUCAUCCGCAGUAUCCUUCGCUACAUCCUACUCCUGCUCAUCUGGCCUUUCGUCUGGCUGCUCGCCAAAUCGCCCGCCACCGCAGCGGACAGCCUCGUCUGGGCAACCACGCGAUCCCUCGAACCCCUCUCGGAACGAUACCAUCGCAUCAUCUCCCUCCUCACAAAAUCAAAUACAGGUUCGGGGGACCAAAUCAGAAGGUGGCAGGACAACCUCAUCCCCGGAGAAAUGUAUCGUGAAGGUCGAAUCGUCCGUCCUCAACUACCCCACAGAUUCGGAUCAACUAGACCAGCAGACACCAACGACACCAAAGUCACCGACGCUUGGUCAGACUUGUGGAAGCACGAGGAGCAAGAGGUCGAGAGGCGCAUCAAGGCUCUCGGUGGUCAGAUCAAGCGACCUCAAGUAUAG